AGACGGGCCGCGCCAGGCUCCGCCUGAGGGAGCGCCCGGCCGGGCGGUGACGUCAUCGCGUGACGCUCCCCGGCGCGGCGAGGCCCCGCCCUCCCGUUUGCCGGCCGGCGCGUGCUGCGGGCGGAGAGCUCGCGCCGCGUCCUCCGCCUGAGGAAACAGCGGCGGCGGCCAUGAAAAUCUGGAGCUCGGAGCACGUCUUCGGGCACCCCUGGGAUACAGUGAUCAAAGCUGCUAUGAGAAAGUACCCCAACCCAAUGAACCCAUGUGUAGUAGGAGUAGAUGUCCUCAACAGAAGCCUUGACAACCAGGGGAGGCUGCACAGCCACCGUCUGCUCAGCACAGAAUGGGGAUUGCCAAGUAUUGUAAAAGCGAUUUUAGGAACAAGUAGAACUCUGACUUACAUUGAGGAACAUUCUGUUGUGGAUCCAGUGGAAAAAAAGAUGGAGCUUUGCUCAACUAAUAUUACCCUCACAAACUUGGUGUCUGUUGAUGAGAGACUGGUUUACACACCUCAUCCUGAAAACCCUGAAAAAACUGUGCUAACUCAAGAAGCAAUUAUUACUGUCAAAGGCAUUAGCUUGAGCAGUUAUUUGGAAAGCUUAAUGGCAAACACAAUAUCUUCCAAUGCCAGAAAGGGCCGGGAUGCCCUGGAGUGGGUGAUCAGCAAACUGAACGCAGAACUGGAAGAGCUGAAGUCAACGCGUGAGGGCAUAAAACCAGCCAUGGCAGCAGCAUCCACAGAGAAAUAGAAGCCAAAAACACACCCAGUAACUGAUUGAAACAUUUCAUUCUGCAGACUGCUGUCUUGAUGGCCCUUCCAAGGCUCAUCUGCGUAGGUUUUAUAUAUUUAUAAGAAUAUUGGAUCAGCGGGAAGGUAACCUCAUCUUUCAUCACCAGAGCAGCUCCCUUUACCUACUGCAGAUUACACUGACCUCCUGCAGAUGCUCUUUUCACUUAAAUGAUUUCUUUUCAACACUGAUAACAAAACGUUCAGCACAUUUAAAUCUGCCUAAAUGUGCCUUUUGUAACAAAGAUUGAGAGUGUGUUAUAUUUUAUACCAUCUUUUUCAUACUCAAACUUGAAAAGAACUCAUGUUUACUAAGGGUUCUCCAAAUGAGCAUUAGUUCUGUGAAGAGCUGAGAGCACUAGAUUUUGUCCAUUUUGUACUCUUAAAACUAUUUAAAGGAAACUACGUGAAACAGAGCAUGAUACUCUAGAAUUAAAGAUGCCUAUCUAGAGAAUCAUCCCCUACAGCUGAAACUUGUGUUGCGCUGGCUCUUGUUAUGUUGCUUACUGUGCUGUCUGAAUGUGACACACAGAUGCUUUACCUCUUAGGUGUUUAUAUCCAAAGAGAGUUUCUAUUGAUGUUAUCUGCCUAAACAGGCUUUUUCUUUUUUCUUACUUUGUGGGGAGAAGGGUGUAAUUUAUUUUCAUAUUUAUUAACUUUCCCAAGUUCCUCCCCUCAGUAGCAGAACAGGAGCAGGAGGGGCUGUGGAACACGUGGGUUAUUUAUCUAUAAGAGGGUGCUUGCAGGCUGCUGGAACAAAGAGGCUCUGCUGUUCUCUGCUUCUUGCUCUUCCUGCAGUCUUUUAGCUGAGGGAGAGCCGGCUGCAAGAAAUGAAGAGCUCAAAUGAGAAGUUUGAAAUCCAAGGGGCAAUCCUUCAUCAGUGUGUUUUCUGUGCUGCAGAUGGGAAGAAGAGAGCACAGGAAGAACAAUUGGGCUCUCCUUUUCAAGCACUUUCUACAAACAACUAAUUUUUGCUGUAAUGCAUUUUUUCAACACUUUGCCACGUUGGUACAAAUGUUUUUAGAAACGCUUUAAAUGCUUCUGAUUGUCUGCCAAAAUACUGCAGUAAUUGUGGAGAUUGCCUCUUUGAAAAUAUGCAGAGAUACUUACUGGUACCAGUUCCAGCUUUUGUCUGAGGUUCACAAGGCUUUUGUAUUUGGUCCGAGAGUAGCUGGUGUUUCUUAGAUAGCCCUCUGCUGGGGCGUUUUACUUUAUUUUUUUGUGCACACACAAACUGAGAUAGAUAAAUGUUGCAAAGUUGUUUACUUGCUCAGGUGACAAGCAUGUGUUCAGGGAGCUGUGAGAGCAUGAGGAGCUUCUUGAAAAAAAAAAAGGUGAAAUGUUGGUCACUGUUUGGAUCUGGUAAUUUAGAAUGUCUGUGUGCUUAAGGGAAAUCUCAGACUUUGUAUUCUGUUUAGCUUGAAAGUGAACAUUAAUUUGGAUGUAAGUAUAGUCUAGGUAAAUGACAUGGUUCUAAUAAAGAAACUUAAUUUACAUGAUUA